GCCCGAUGGUUCAGUCCACGUCGAACCCGGAACAAGCUUGAAAACAUUUCAAACGCGCGCCCCAUUUGAGUCAAAGAAACACUUGAAAACAAAGUGUUAAAGUACAUCCCAAUCGGAAUAGACUCCUAUAAUCAACAGUUCACAGCUCUGAUCUGAAGCCAGCAGAUACACAGCAUGCAGGAGGACUCGAGCCGCAGUCCCAGUUACACGGUGGCGUGUGAGGACUACGUUCACGUGGUUGAAUUCAGUCCUUUCAGCUCUGGCACCCCUGCCUCUCUCCUGGCCUACGGUGGAAACCAGUAUGUGGUAGUGGGCACCUGCCUGUUCCAGGAGGAGGAUAUGGAGGUCGAGGGAGUUGAAUUCAAUGUUCUUCGAGCUUUCCAUCAUGAAUUGCGCGUCGAUGCUCUCGCCUGGAGCCCUGAGUCCCGGCUGGACAGGAUACCCACUAUCAGAUUUUGCACUGCUGCAGCUGACAGAAAGCUACGCCUGCUGACUUCUGAUCUUCAGGAUAGACAUGAAGUCAAGGUGAUGGAGGGCCACAGCAGCUACAUUAACCAUUUGGUGUUCGAGCCCACAGAGGGGAAACAAAUUGCUUCCGUCAGUGAUGACCACACUUGCAGGGUGUGGGACCUGGAUGGAAAUGAAAGCACUACUCUCAGACUUCGCUCUCCUGGCAUCAGUGUGUGCUGGCACCCAGAGGAAGCCUUUAAGUUAAUGGUGGCAGAGAAGAAAGGAACAAUUCGUUUCUAUGACCUUGUGACGCAGCAGGCCAUUCUGUCACUGGACUGUGGUCAGUCCCCGCUCAUGUCAGCUGACUGGUGCCUCACCAACACGAUCAAAGUCGGUGCUGUGGCGGGAAACGACUGGCUCAUCUGGGACAUAACUCGCUCCAGUUACCCACAGGAAAAAAGACCUGCACACAUAGAUAAAGCACGGUUAUUCAAGUGGUCUCGAGCCAAUGAAAACCUCUUUGCCACGACCGGAUGUCCAGGAAAGAUCUGUAGUCAGUUACUCAUCCACCAUCUUGGCCACCCACAGCCGGUGAUGAUCGGAUCCACCGCAGUGGGAUCCGGCCUCAGCUGGCACCGGACACUCCCGCUCUGUGUGAUUGGCGGGGACAGGAAACUUUGCUUUUGGAUGACUGAAAUGUAGACAACUGUACAGCACUUAUCCAGGAUGGAUAACUAGGUCCUGUGUUUUCUAUUCUAGUAAAUGUUCAAUAAAAUAUUUUUCUGAA